AUGGCUCCCCUGUGCCCCAGCCCCCGGCUCCCUCUGUGGAUUCCGGCCCCUGUCCCAGGCCCGGCUGUGCAAUUGCUGCUGUUACUGCUCCUUCUGGUGCCUGCCCAUCCCCAGAGCCUGCUCUGGAUGCAGGGUGCUCCCACCACAGGAGGAGAUUCAUCUGGGGAAGAUGAUCCACUUGGUGAGGAGGACCUGCCCAGUGAAGAGGAUAUACCUGAAGAGGAGGACUCACCUGGAGAAGAGGACCUACCUGGAUUGAAGACGGACCUAGGAGAAGAGAAUUCUCUGAAGUUAGAGGAUCUACCAACUAUUGAGGCACCCAGGGACACUGAAGGCCCCCAGAAUAACGCCCACAGAGACGAAAAAGGGGAUGGCCACAGUCAUUGGCGUUAUGGAGGCGCUCCGCCAUGGCCCCAGGUGUCCCCAGCCUGCGCUGGCCGCUUUCAAUCCCCGGUAGACAUCCGCCCGGAGCUCACUGCGUUUUGUCCAGCCCUGCGACCCCUGGAACUCCUUGGCUUUGAGCUCCCGCCACAACCAAAACUGCGCCUGUGCAACAAUGGCCACACCGUGCAGCUGAGUCUGCCUUCCGGGCUGAAGAUGGCCUUGGGUCCUGGACAGGAGUACCGGGCCCUGCAGUUACAUUUGCACUGGGGGGCCGCGGGUCGCCCGGGCUCGGAACACACGGUUGAUGGUCACCGUUUUCCUGCCGAGAUUCACGUGGUUCACCUCAGCACUGCAUUUGAGGAAUUUGACGAGGCCUUGGGGCGCCCAGGGGGCUUGGCCGUCUUGGCCGCCUUUCUGCAGGAAGGCCCAGAAGAAAACAGUGCCUAUGAACAGCUGCUGUCACGUUUGGGAGAAAUCACUGAGGAAGACUCUGAGACUUGGGUCCCAGGACUGGAUGUAUCUGCACUGCUGCCCUCUGACCUCAGCCGCUACUUCCGAUACGAGGGGUCUCUCACCACACCCCCCUGUGCCCAAGGGGUCAUCUGGACUGUGUUCAACCAGACAGUAAAGCUGAGUGCUAAGCAGCUCCACACCCUCUCUGACUCCCUGUGGGGACCUGAUGACUCCCGGUUGCAGAUGAACUUCCGGGCUACGCAGCCUUUGAAUGGGCGAAUAAUUGAGGCCUCCUUCCCUGCUGGCGUGGAUGGCAGCCCUAGGACUGUUGAACCAGUCCACCUGAAUUCCUGUCUCGCUGCUGGCGACAUCCUGGCCCUGGUUUUUGGCCUCCUCUUUGCUGUUACCAGCAUCGCCUUCCUUGUGCAAAUGAGAAGGCAGCAAAGACACCCAAGUGAGACCAAAGGGAGUGUUAGCUACCACCCAGCAGAGGUCACAGAGACUGUUGCCUAGAGGCCUGCCACUUGGAGAAUACUUAGAGAAGCUGGUCAGAGGAAUCCGAGGGGCAGCUGAAGACUGUUCUG